GAUAUCCAAUCAGGCACUGUUAUCACAGAUGAAGCAUUUGAAAAACUGAAGAACUGCCUUUGUGGUCUUGUUGCUCCAGUUAGUACUGUAUUCACUGCUAACUAUGUUUUUUUUUACUAUGCAACUGUUGUGGGGGACAUGCCUGGUCCAGUGACAUUAAAGCUAUGUUUCUGAAGGGGAUUUACAUGUAUGUAACUUACUGAUGCAGGGUGUCAGAGUUUCAGGCUUUUGGAGAUUUUCGUGAUCUGCCGAGGAGAAAUAGCAGGAAUUGAAUCUUCAUAACAGGGACAAUAGCUAAAACUGUUACAGUAGGUUAAGUUGUAGUCUUGAAACAUCCCUAUUGGUCAACUGUUUGAUGUUUAUUUUGCUAAUGUUUAGCAUUAGCAAGUAUCUUGCAAAUGUCAAUAGCCCUGGGAAUCCCUGCCCUCCCCUUCCUGGGGCAAGACAUAGACAGCUGCAUUACCAGUUGGGGUGAAUCUAGCCCUUGUGUUUUCCUCUUUGAUUAUACUUUCUUAAUAAAGCCUUGGAUAAAUAAUUAGUAACACUAUAAUUAUUCAGUAUCCUACUCUUUGCAACUCAAAGAAAAACAAAAUUUAAUGGAUUGAACAGUGCAUAUUAAAAUUCUAACAUGACUCCGAGGCUUUCUGGUCAUUUUUCUAUAUUUGGUUUUGUUUUCUUUGUGCUCAAGUCUCUUCUGGGAAUUGCGAGACAAUGGAGUUGUGAAAAGUUUGCAAUUUUGUCCCUAAAGUCUCAGAUAUGUAUUUUUCCAUUUCUGAACAGUUUUGUGUGCCAGGAAACUCUAUUGUGCUGUCUCCAGAGUUGUACAUCACUGUGCUGGCCUAUACAUCCAUCUUAAAUCCUGAAGUGCCACAGGUAUGUGUGAAAAGGGUUGGAACAGGUACCUUUUGUUAAACUCAGGUGUCUGUCUAUGUAGUUUAAUUUGUGGAAUUUCAUGUAAGAUAAGGAUCUUCAAACCAGCUUUUCAAACUCAAAAUCAUGACAAGAAAGCAAAGGAUCACUACGGUGUAAGACAUUUUAGCCUGUGUGGCAGCUCAUUGAAAAAAAGGCAGGGGCGUGGGGAAGGGGGGAAUUUUACAUAACUGUAUGACUAGAAAUCAUAAUAGAGGGUGUGCCCACCCCCUUCUUGCCCCAGGCUUUGUCUUUCCUUUGAAGGCAGCUCCCCCUUUCCCCUUCCAAAACCUGUCUUGUAGGCUAAGGAGGUUUUGCCAGAUAACUACCAUAAAAUUUUGUGAACUUCUUUUAAGGUGAUGUUAGAGACAAUUUGCAAUGACGAUCUUUAGUGCAACACAGUGUUACAACAUUAUUGUGACAUUGUUUCAAAAGGCUGCAACAUUGUUCCAGCAUUUGAACCUGGUGUUGACUAAGAAUUGUUGUGGUAAAAUGUCUUUUGUAACAUCACCUGUAGUUUUGAAUUUCCUCAAAAAUAAUUGAUCAAAUUAAGAAACUAUAUUGUGAAUUUCUGUUACUUUUUGAUGUGCAUAAUAACUUGCAAUGCUGAAAAUAACAAUAUUAUUACUAGUUUGUAAUCCAAACACUCUCAAUUGUUUCAUGGUCAUUGAACUUUAACUCCAAGCAAAAUAAAGAGAUAAAAGUUCCAUGCAUGAAUUUUAUCAGUGUCAUGUUUUUGAAAUUUGCAAUACCCAUCAUCCUCUUCUAUUUAAAUUAUUAAAAAUGUGCAUAAUUUUUUAUAUGUAAUGAAUGUCAAUAGUAAAUAUCAUGUCUUUUUGACAGGAAAAAAUAACAGAUUCCCAUUUUGGGAUAUUUUAGGGUAUUUAAAGAACACCCAUAAAAAUCCCAAAUUUAGCAAAGUGAGACAAGUCCCAACCAGGGAAUUCCCAACUAAGUUCCCUGAUUGGGACUUGUCUCACUCUUCCAAAUUUGGGAUUUUUGUGGGUAUUCUUUAAAUACCCUAAAAUAUCCAAAAAUGGGAAUCUGUUAUUUUUUCCUGUGUUUAUUAUUUAAACUUCUUCCUUUAAGGUGCUCAUUCAAGGUUGUCUGGUGACAGAACAGAAUGUAAAUACUGUGCUAGAAUUGAUUCAAGACCAGCUGAAAGGUUUAGAAGACUUCCUUGCUAAGACUACCUCUACGUUACAUGGCUAUGAUGGCAGUGAGGAGGUAAAGUUUGUGCAGAAAAAAAAAAAAAAAUAUCUGUGUGAUUUUGCUAAACAGUGCCCGCUCAGUUUUUGCUUUGUUCAAGCCAGUGUAGCUGGAAAAAAACUAGGGGGCUUGCCAUCUUGCUGGGUGUCAGCAGAGAGCCCAGGUCCAGACCUAUCCAUGGGUGGGUGGCUGACUUGUUUUGUGUCAAAAUCAGGGGAGUAGGGAGGGGAGAUUUUGUCACUUUGGUUAGAGUUUCAAGUCAGAAAGCAGUACAAAGUCAGAGAAUUUUUCUUUUGGGCUUGCCCAGCCAAAUCAAUGCUGUGACUUAUAAUCAAAACACUUCUAGCAGAGCUUGGGGGAAGUGAUUGACUAGACAUAAGCUUCAUGGGUGGGGAGGGUGAGUAGUUGUUCCUUGGACUUGGCUGUCUAGAGACUCAGUACAGGCACCUUGUGUGAAAUCCAGACAGAUAUAUAUUUUGGCGGUGGCCUAAAAGUAAUUAUGAUAGCCUGAAUGGACCUGCCCAAACCUAUUUAAGGAAGAAGUUCAGGGUUAUAGCUGGUAUCUAAGUCUCUCACUAUACAAAACAUACAAACAUGCUAGAUGUGCAGCUAUUCAGAACAGCAACUGGCCAGCAGUCCAUUGUACAAUAAGGAUCAUGUAGUGUUUACGAGUAUGAACUCCAUCAAACAUAUUGGAAAUAAAUGCAAAACGCUUGAGCUAACUUUAAUGUUGAUUUUAAGAUUUGUACUCUUUAUGGUUUCCAUUGUUAGAGAUUUUCUUAUUUUGAUUUCAUGUUUUAUUGUAGCCCAUACAUAUCAGCCAAUCAGAAUGUUGGAUUUGCAUUUGAGUACUGUCUAGUAGAAUUAUUAUUAUUUUUUUUAUCAUGAUUAUCCUAUUUUCAGAGUAAUAAAGCUGAAAGUGACCAAGGAGGGAGGCAUGAGGAUUCAGUGACGCUCAUGUCCCCUGAGGCUGGACCCAUUGCAAUAAUGCGGAACACUCUUCUGGCGCUUCAGCUGCUUCCGUGCAAUGCAAGUGCAGGUAACAUUGAGCUCUUGAAAUCCUAAAUUAGAGUAAAUGUGGCAGAUGCAGGGUUGUCAGAAAGUUUUGAAUAAUAUGAUAUUUUAUUUAAAACAAUAAUAUAAUAAUAUUUUAUUUAAAAACUGCCGUCCUCAAAGAAAUGCCAAGCAGAGUAGCAGGCCAAUAGUAGGGACCUUAAGCAAGGAUGACAACGACGACGGCAGUGAAAACGUCAGUAAAAAAAUGAAUUUGCGCUCUUUCAAACUUGAUCGCGUCUAUUUGGACCAACUCAAUAUGUCAAAAGCAGGUGACUUUUCCUGUAGUUGAACUCUAAAUGAUUUUAUUCAGGUGCAAAAAGAGGAAGGAAAAUUCGUUGUCGCAUGUCCACGUCCUCCAUAAAAUGGCAAAUUAGGAGGUUUCACGUCGUAGUCGUGCAGUGGACCUCAAAGAAAUGUUCUAAAAACCGUGAUGCACGUGUAGAACCGUUGUUUUGAUCAUUAAACCUAUUGCUUUUUGAAGUCGUCGUUGUGGUCAUCGUUGUAGUUGCUUAAGCUCCCCACUAACCAAGUAGGUGGUGGUUUUCACUGGCAGCCGGCUAUGUUUGACAACCCUGCAGAUGUAAAAUGCUGCUUUUCUAUCUUCUGCACCAUAACUGUGAAUGAAAGACGUGAUGCAAAACUACUAUGGUGUCACUUUUCAAAUAAAAUCUACUCAGCAGUAGUUUCCUGUGAGUUGUUGCAUGUACUUCUUAUUAUGCUGUAUUUUUUAUACAUUAGGUGGUUCCCAUCUUUUGAACUCCCCUGUGAAUGAAAUCCUAUGGUGCGAUUAUUCAAAUGAGCCAUUUGAGGUGCCACCCAGGCGCAGUUGCCGUUGAUGCUUUUUCACUUAACUUACGUUAUCUUAAAUUCUAUGCUUUUCCCCCACAUACAUGCCAACUCUUCCGUAUUAUCUGGGAGUCUCCCGGAUACGACACCAAUCUGCAGGUCUCCCGUACGGGUCACCACAUCUCCCGUAUAAAAAUCAUCUUUUGAGCUUUUCUGUGCCUUAGUUUGAGAUUUAGCCCAUUUUUAGCUCAAAACAGAAUUUUUCUUAUUCGUAGUACGGUUUCUGGGGCGUUUUUGCACCUAUUUAGUCACUGACAAAGAUUAUUUCUGGCAUCAAAACUAUGAUCGCAAAUUUUGAUGGUUUGUACUUCAUGCAACACUUCAUUCUUCACUUCUUUCUGAUCAGGGGCUGUUGUGAUCACUGAUGGGGUAUUUGCACUUCCCGAUGCUUCAGCAGUUGAUUCUCUUUUGGCGCAGUUCAGAGCCAGCACUGUUUGCUGUUCUUUUAUUAAAGUUGGAAGUGGUUUUCAUGCCCACUGCAGGUUUGUAUUUUUUGACAAUAACAAAAAAACAAAAUACACAUAAUUAAUUUCAUAAACAGAAUUAGAAGUAGAAUUAUUGAAGUUAUUUUUUGAAAGCGCAUUACUUUCAUGUUGCUCAUACAUGGGGAUCAUCAACUAGGCCUUCUAGCUGAUUUAAUUUGUCCACAAAACAUUGAAUUUUGUAUUGAACACUUAGGCUUUCAAAAAUUAUAAAUUCUUUUAAGGAAAACAUAAUAUUAAUAUGAGUAUACUUCGUUUGAGCCAGUUUAAAAAUAUGGUAAUUAAAUUGAAUAAAUAAAUAAGAGAAGAAACAUUCAAUAUUUAAAUUAAAAUUGUUGUGAGUCAUAUGCAUUGAUGCAAUUAAACUGUUUUCUUUGACAUUUUUAAUAAAAGUUUACUAUUUAAAUGCAUGGUUUUAAUAAUCAUUUUUUUAUAGAUGGUUUUCACGGCACUGACGUCAUCAAAUUGUGAAGUCAAGACAGCUAUAUAGGUUUUACAAAUUCUCAUUUACACAAGGUUGAAGAUAAACAAAAAAUGAAUCCUUGUACAAGUUUCCAGUCCCAUAGCAUGUUUCAUUUCGAAAAUACAGCAAUUUGAACUUCUAAGUUUUCACAGUGUGUGACACAACAUAUGAAUGCUAUUUUGUGGAAAGAAAGCCUCUCCUCAUGAUUUUCAGGAGUUUAACCAUUUUAAGUAUUAGAAGAUGUGUUCAUGCUCAUGUAUGCUAGUUCUGGAAUGAAAAGAAAGAGCUUUUAUGGAAAAGUGAACUCCAGAUGUUUUCGUUGAUUUCCAGUGGCCAUAUUUGGGGUGUCUAAAAAACACAGACCUUGAAAACCCUCACUGUGUUUUCUAGACAUCCAAUUUGUGUACCAAAACUGUACACAAAUAUGGCGUCUCCAUACAAAGCUCUACAAUGGUGCGUGAAACGUUUCAGCAAAUAACUCGGAAACUGUGGGCGACAUAGACCUGAGACUUGGACAAAUUGUUUAUAUAAUAUCAGUCUUUUGUGAAAUUUCGUUUUCUUGGCUUCUUCUACAGGAUGGUUUCAAUUUAUUUUUUGUGCCGUGUUUAUUGCGUGACAAUGAAAAUGAUCUAAUAAUUAUUGUCUUUUAUUUCUUCUCAGCCUUGCUUAUGUUCCACACUGCGACCUGAUGCAGUUCAUUGCCAUGGCAAGCUCAGGAGCUUAUCUUGCUAAUGCUCCUCCUGUGAGUAAAAAAUUUCCCCACAUGACUCGGCAUAUAUAA